UUGGACUGCACCUCAGAGCCAAACUGUCAGCCCAUGUGGCGUGGCCACCGAGGAUGUCAGACAUUUAAAUGAAACAGACACAGGGACUCAGAAGGCCAGAGUAAUUUCUAGGACUUGGCUAAAGGGGGGAUCACGAAACUCUCCAUUCUGUACCGGGAGCCGACAAAGAUUAAGAGGAAUAUAGAAGUCGACUCUAUCCCAAAGAAUCACAGCGUUAAACUGUACCCACAUCCAGAAUCAAAGAAAAUCUAACCAGACAUGGAGGAUAUUGUUAUAGCUGGAAUUUCAGGUCGCCUUCCUGAGUCUAACAAUUUGGAAGAAUUUUGGCUGAACCUUUUCAAUGGAGUGGAUAUGGUCACAGAAGAUGACAGGCGGUGGAAACCAGGUCUGUAUGGCCUUCCCCAGAGAAAUGGAAAACUAAAAGAAAUCGAUAGAUUUGAUGCAGCCUUCUUUGGUGUGCAUCCCAAACAGGCACACACCAUGGACCCACAGCUGAGGCUUAUGCUAGAGAUAUCGUACGAGGCCAUCGUCGAUGGAGGCAUUAACCCAGUGUCCAUGCGUGGCAGCAAAACUGGCGUCUACAUUGGAGUAAGUGGCUCCGAGGCAGGAGAGGCCUUCAGUAAAGACCCAGAGGAGCUGCUGGGAUACAGCAUGACAGGAUGCCAGCGGGCCAUGUUUGCCAACCGCUUGUCUUAUUUCUUUGAUUUCAAUGGUCCCAGUACAGCCAUUGACACAGCGUGCUCCUCUAGUCUGCUGGCUCUGGAGAACGCCUUCAAUGCUAUUCGCCAUGGCCAAUGUGAUGCAGCACUUGUGGGCGGAGUCAACUUGCUGCUCAAGCCCAACACCUCAGUGCAGUUCAUGAAACUGGGCAUGCUCAGUCCUGAAGGAGCAUGCAAGUCAUUUGAUGCCUCAGGAAAUGGCUAUUGUCGCUCAGAGGCUGCUGUUGCAGUACUCUUGACAAAGAAGUCAAUGGCCAAGAGAAUCUACUCCACAGUUCUCAAUGCUGGCAAUAACACAGAUGGCUACAAAGAGCAAGGGGUGACAUUCCCAUCAGGUGAGAUGCAGCAGCGCCUGGUCCGUUCCCUUUACCAGGAUGCCAACAUAACACCUGAGCAGGUGGAGUACAUCGAGGCCCACGGCACUGGUACUAAGGUUGGGGAUCCUCAGGAAGUGAAUGGCAUUGUGAGUGUAUUCUGUCAGUCACAAAGGGAUCCUCUUCUGAUUGGCUCAACCAAAUCUAACAUGGGACACCCAGAGCCUGCAUCUGGAUUGGCGGCUCUUGCCAAGGUGGUUUUGUCUCUGGAACAUGGCGUCUGGGCUCCCAACAUCCAUUUCCAUGAUCCAAACCCUGACAUUCCUGCUCUGACGGACGGCCGGGUGCACGUGGUGUCGGAGCCCAUACCUGUCCGCGGGGGCAUCGUGGGCAUCAACUCAUUUGGCUUCGGAGGCUCAAAUGUCCAUGUUAUCCUGCGUCCACAUGGUUCAAAAUCACUGGCUCAGGCUGCACAACCUUCAGUCCCCAGACUUCUGCAGGCCUCCGGUCGCACUGAGGAGGCAGUCACUUCCCUUCUCAACAAUGCCCAGCAGCAUAAAGAUAACCCAAGCUACCUGUCUCUUCUGAAUGAUGUGUCUGGAGUUCCAACGGCAGGCAUGCCGUACAGGGGCUAUGCACUGAUUGGAGCACAGGGAGAGCUUACAGAAGUUCAACAAGCCCAGCCCACACCCAGACCCCUCUGGUACAUUUGCUCAGGUAUGGGCACACAGUGGGCUGGAAUGGGCCGUAGCCUGAUGCAGCUGCCUGAGUUCCGGGAGUCGAUCCAGCGUUCGGACGUGGCUCUGAAGGACACUGGGUUGUGUGUGUCUCGCUUGCUCAUGGAUGCUGAUGAGAGCACUUUUGAAGACACUGUCCACGCAUUUGUUGGUCUUGCAGCCAUCCAGGUCGCCCAGAUUGACAUGUUGCAGAAGAUGGGUCUUCAGCCUGAUGGGAUCGUGGGCCACUCUGUAGGAGAGCUAGCGUGUGGUUACGGCGAUGGCUCUCUGAGCCACAGCGAGGCCAUUCUGGCUGCUUACUGGAGAGGACGCUGUAUUAAAGAGGCCAACCUGCCCCCGGGGGGCAUGGCUGCAGUGGGCCUAACGUGGGAAGAAUGCAAAGCUCAGUGUCCACAGGGUGUCGUUCCUGCUUGUCACAAUGCUGAGAAUACAGUGACCAUCUCAGGCCCUCAGGACUCUGUCAGCAAGUUUGUUGCCCAGCUGAAAGAGAGCGGUGUGUUUGCCAAAGAAGUGCGCAGUGCCGGUGUGGCCUUCCACUCCUAUUAUAUGGCCUCUAUUGCUCCAGCCCUUCUAUGUGCACUGCAGAAUGUAAUAAAAAGCCCAAGGCCUCGUUCAGCACGCUGGAUCAGCACGUCCAUCCCGCAGACAGACUGGGAGAGCCCACUAGCGCUCUACUCAUCUGCAGAGUACCACGUCAAUAACUUGGUCAGCCCUGUGCUCUUUCAAGAGGGACUGAACUUUGUGCCGGAUAAUGCUGUGGUAGUAGAAAUUGCCCCACAUGCUUUACUGCAGGCCAUCCUGAAGCGGAGCCUAAAACCCACCUGCUCCAUCCUCCCCCUAGUGAAAAGAGGACACGCCAACAAUCUGGAGUUCUUCCUCUCUCAUGUGGGCAAAAUCUACAUGAAUGGAAUUAAUGUAGACAGUAAUAAAUUGUACCCAACUGUUGAAUACCCUGUUCCGACCGGGACCCCACUCAUCUCCCCUCACAUUCAGUGGGAUCAUUCCCAGGUCUGGGAUGUGCCCAAGGUGGAGGACUUCCCUGCUGGCUCAGGGGGAUCCACCUCAGCCACUGUGUACAAUAUCGACAUGAACCCAGAGUCUCCUGAUUACUACAUGAUUGGACAUUGCAUUGAUGGUCGGGUGCUGUACCCAGCCACAGGAUACCUGGUUCUGGCCUGGAGGACUCUGAUGAGAUCUCUGGGUGCAGUCAUGGAGCACACACCUGUUAUAUUUGAAGACGUCACCAUCCACAGAGCCACCAUCCUCCCCAAGACGGGGUCUGUCCAGCUGGAGGUGCGACUCAUGCCCGCCACUAACCGUUUUGAGGUGUCCGAGAAUGGAAAUCUGGCUGUCAGUGGUAAGGUGAGUGUCUUGGAGGAUGCUGGACUUGAUGCUUUCCAUGCUGAGUUGAAUAAACCAAUGGCUGUAGACAAGGAAGAUCCUAAACUGCUUUUGAAAGCCAGGGACAUCUACAAAGAGCUGCGUCUGCGCGGAUAUGACUACGGAAAGACCUUCCAGGGAAUCCUGGAGUCUAACAAUUCUGGUGACUAUGGAAAGCUUCACUGGACGGGUAACUGGGUGACAUUUUUAGACACCAUGCUGCAGAUGAUCGUAGUGGGGCUGUCUGGUCGCAGCUUGAGACUUCCUACUCGCAUCCGCUCUGUGUGUGUGGACCCCAGACUUCAUGAGGAGAGGGUAAACGAGUAUGCAGAUGACCAGAAAGCUGUGGAUGUUCAUGUUAACCGCUACCUGGACAACAUAACAGCUGGAGGAGUUGAGAUCUGUGGGCUUCAUGCUACCGUAGCACCCCGUCGCCAACAGCAGCAGACUCCACCCACUUUAGAGGAGUUUGCCUUUGUUCCCUGUGUGGACUCAGAUUGCCUGAGAACCAGUGAGAAACUUGGAGACCAACUGAGGCAUUGCAAAGGUCUAGUACAGCGUCUGCAGAGGAAGCUGGCCAAUCAGGGAGUGAAGAUCUCCAUCCCUGGGCUAGAAGGUGCAACAGAGAGCCAGCUGAUUGGAGCAGAGGCAGAGAAAGGCCUGUUACGGUUGCUCUCUGUGCUGUGCGGACUGGAGCUGAACGGAAACCUGCGCUCUGAGCUGGAACAGACGGUGGAGAAGGAGAGAGAUUGUCUGCUGCAGGACCCUCUGCUCAACGGCCUGCUAGACUCCCAGGCGUUACGUCACUGCUUGGACACGGCCCUUGAGAACAGCACUCCUGGAAAACUCAAAGUUGUGGAGGCUCUAGCCGCCGAUGGUCAUGUGUUUUCUCGGGCUGUUGGUCUCCUCAAUAUCCAGCCAAUGUUGCGUCUUGACUACACGGCAUCAGAUGUCUCCAUUGACCAGCUUUCUGCUCACCAGAGCUCCCUGGAAGAGCAGGGCAUCUCAACUGCUCAGUGGGACCCUCUUCAGGGCCCAGCAACGGGCAGUCUGGAUGGGGCUGACCUGGUUGUGUGUAACUGUGCGACAGGGCACACGGCCAACCCUGCACUUCUGAUAGAGAACCUGACUUCAGCUGCGAGGGAAGGCGGUUUUGUUUUGCUUCACACCCUACUGAGAGGAGACACACUGGGAGAGACGGUAGCCUUCCUCACAUCUCAAAACAACCAGGAGGGUUUGUUGACACAGACUGAAUGGGAGGAGCUCUUCCAAAAGGCCUCUUUAAAUGUGGUCAUGCUGAGAAAGUCCUUCUACGGCUCUGCUCUCUUCCUCUGCCAUCAGCGCCAACAGUCCCCUCAGGAUCAACCUAUCCUUAUUUUUGUGGACCCUACUGACUAUAAAUGGGUGGAGACUCUAAAGCCAAGAAACUUCAACCUUCUCUCAGCCGCUCCUUUAGACAGUAUCCAGAAUCUUGCUGCUUACUACAUUGAGUGCGUGAGGCAGGUGCAGCCAGAGGGGCCGUAUCGCUUUGCUGGCUACUCGUUUGGUGCUUGUGUGGCUUUUGAGAUGUGCUCACAGCUGCAGGCAGCCAAAUGCCCUGUGGAAUACCUCUUCCUGUUUGACGGCUCACACUCUUAUGUGGCAGCUUAUACACAGCGUUACAGAGCCAAACUGACCCCUGGCAAGGAGUCUGAGGCAGAGACUGAAGCUCUGUGUGCUUUUAUCCAACAGUUCACUGGCAUUGAGUACAACAAGCUGUUGGAGACAUUGUUACCUCUGUCAGACCUGGAGGCCCGUGUGAACAAGGCUGUUGAUCUGAUCACAUCCAGCCAUAAGAAUGUCAGCCGAGAUAUGCUCCAUUUUGCUGCUUCUACAUUUUACCACAAACUGAAGGCUGCCGACCGCUAUGUUCCAGCUUCUAAGUAUCACGGCAAUGUCACCCUGCUGAGAGCCAAGGCCAGCACCGCUCCUUUAGGCAGUAUCCAGAAUCUUGCUGCUUACUACAUUGAGUGCGUGAGGCAGGUGCAGCCAGAGGGGCCAUAUCGCUUCGCUGGCUACUCGUUCGGUGCUUGUGUGGCUUUUGAGAUGUGCUCACAGCUGCAGGCAGCCAAAUGCCCUGUGGAAUACCUCUUCCUGUUUGACGGCUCACACUCUUAUGUGGCAGCUUAUACACAGCGUUACAGAGCCAAACUGACCCCUGGCAAGGAGUCUGAGGCAGAGACUGAAGCUCUGUGUGCUUUUAUCCAACAGUUCACUGGCAUUGAGUACAACAAGCUGUUGGAGACAUUGUUACCUCUGUCAGACCUGGAGGCCCGUGUGAACAAGGCUGUUGAUCUGAUCACAUCCAGCCAUAAGAAUGUCAGCCGAGAUAUGCUCCAUUUUGCUGCUUCUACAUUUUACCACAAACUGAAGGCUGCCGACCGCUAUGUUCCAGCUUCUAAGUAUCACGGCAAUGUCACCCUGCUGAGAGCCAAGGCCAGCAGCGAGUACGGUGAUGGUUUAGGAUCUGACUACAAACUGCACGAGGUGUGUGAUGGGAAGGUGUCGGUUCAUGUGAUCGAGGGAGACCACCAGACCUUCCUAGAGGGCGAGGGUGUGGAGUCCAUCUCAGGCAUCAUCCACAGCUCACUGGCUGAACCCAGAGUCAGCACCAGAGAGGCCGCUCCUUUAGACAGUAUCCAGAAUCUUGCUGCUUACUACAUUGAGUGCGUGAGGCAGGUGCAGCCAGAGGGGCCGUAUCGCUUUGCUGGCUACUCGUUUGGUGCUUGUGUGGCUUUUGAGAUGUGCUCACAGCUGCAGGCAGCCAAAUGCCCUGUGGAAUACCUCUUCCUGUUUGACGGCUCACACUCUUAUGUGGCAGCUUAUACACAGCGUUACAGAGCCAAACUGACCCCUGGCAAGGAGUCUGAGGCAGAGACUGAAGCUCUGUGUGCUUUUAUCCAACAGUUCACUGGCAUUGAGUACAACAAGCUGUUGGAGACAUUGUUACCUCUGUCAGACCUGGAGGCCCGUGUGAACAAGGCUGUUGAUCUGAUCACAUCCAGCCAUAAGAAUGUCAGCCGAGAUAUGCUCCAUUUUGCUGCUUCUACAUUUUACCACAAACUGAAGGCUGCCGACCGCUAUGUUCCAGCUUCUAAGUAUCACGGCAAUGUCACCCUGCUGAGAGCCAAGGCCAGCAGCGAGUACGGUGAUGGUUUAGGAUCUGACUACAAACUGCACAAGGUGUGUGAUGGGAAGGUGUCGGUUCAUGUGAUCGAGGGAGACCACCAGACCUUCCUAGAGGGCGAGGGUGUGGAGUCCAUCUCAGGCAUCAUCCACAGCUCACUGGCUGAACCCAGAGUCAGCACCAGAGAGGGCUGAACAUUCCCGCUCUUUUAUUAUUAUUUUUUUCACCCUUACUCUGUUGCUUUCACCUGACAAACCAAAACUGUGUCCCGGCGUAUUAAAGCAUGCACGUUUGUCAUCUGUUCAUACCUCUCACCCAUGCAACAGCCUUUUCCUUCUCAUUCUCUACAAAUCUCAAUUGCUCAUCACCCUUUACUUCUUUAUUCCAGCUGGGAACAAAAACGCAUGUCUGUUUAUUUGCUUCAUCGGUUAAGAUUCAAUCAGCUGUUCAUUGUCUUCUAUAAAUCAUCAUAUGUUACUGUGAAAACUAAAAUGUCACUGGUUUCUAGCAUGAGAGCAUAGAGCUGUAGUGAUCACUGGCACUGUCUAACCUGCCUAAUAAGUCUGCUAAAGGUUUCGUCAAUCCAACCUAAUGAUGCGGACUGCAAGUCAAGGUCACUUCACUGUAUUCAAAUCCACAUAUUAGCUGUUGGGAUUCUAGUUACGCACAUAGCUGAGAUUGCUGUUUACCAGUUGUGAGCGGUUACUGAUGCUUUAGCAGUACUAGUUCAAAUCGCUUAUGUUUACUGUAGCAUUGUUCUUCUUUUCUGAAUGAUAUACGCCGGUUCUCUUGUUGGUGCUGAACAUCUAAACUUAUUCUGAAAUAACUGUGCAAUUGAUGUUUAUUUAAAAGGGAAGAUAUGUAUGAAAAAGAACAUUCCUGGAUGAGAGCAACCAUUAAGAGAGCUGGUUAAUUGACUAGUUAAUGUUGAAGUUAGAGCAGUUAAUUAUAAAAUACUUGUUACUUUAAAAAUAUAUUGCACAAGCUUAAAGCAAAAUGCAAAUCUGACACUGAUGUGAAAUGCUCGGCAAUCCAGAGGGAUUCAUCUCAGCUCGUACUGUAAUGAUGCUUCGCUGCUUAACUGUAGACCAAUAACUGGAGUAUUAAUAUUGUAUUGACGUUUCUAAUCCGCUUUUUGAGGAUAGUACCAACAUUCCUUAUUCCAGGUGUCUCUCAGAUGUAUAUGUUCUCCCAAAAUGCUCUGUAAUUGAUUGACUGCUUUAAUACUUCAGAUGUUAGUUGUAGUAAAUUCUUGUGGCCAGGUCCACAUUACACACAAGCUCAGUUCAUAGUGCAAAUCACAUCCUAUUUUAGUCAGAAUGAAGUGUUAUUUGGUGUAGGAUGUAUGAACGUUUUCAUGGCAGUGACGUGAUUAUGGACUUUCUCUUUCUGUCACAACAGAGGAAAAUCUUCAGUUUGAAAGCAAAUCACUACACAUUUGAGACUAAUUGUUUAAGUCAGUGACGAAUUGUGAUUUCUUUCGAUGUUUAGAGCAAAGCUAGAAAGUUAAUUUUUCUAUUAUUGAAAUGUUUUUUUCUUGUGUAAUUUUUCCAGUAUUUAUUGUACUAGUCCAAAUAAAAAGCUAUUGCUAACAUACA